UUCUCCUCCUCAGACACCGACUACAUCGUCGCGCUCCCGACAAAGACGUACGCCAAUGGCGCCCACUGCGGCAAGUACGUCCGGGUAACGCGGCCGAGCACGGGCAAGAGCGUCGUCGCCAUGGUUGCCGACUCGUGCCCGACGUGCUACAACAACGAGAGCAUCGACAUGAGCUACGUCGCCUUCACGAGCAUCGCGACCGAGGAAGAGGGC